AUGAUUUCGGAGUCGCAAUUGCAGACGCUCAAGGAAAGAGCGCUUGCCAAUCGGGCAAAGGCGUACUGUCCGUACUCUAACUUUCAUGUGGGGUGCUGUUUGCUCGCGAACGGCGAGUUUUUCGACGGCGCUAACGUCGAAAAUGCUUCGUACGGGGGCGCGAUCUGUGCAGAGCGCACGGCCGCCGUGGCUGCUGUGACACAGGGUCGGACCCGGUUCGAGGCCGUGGCCAUCUCGGGCGACCUCGAUACCUGCAUCUCGCCGUGUGGGAUCUGCCGGCAGUUUCUGCGCGAGUUUUCGGCACUGAACGUGCCGAUCUACAUGUACAACAAGGACGGAUCGAAAGUGGAAAAACUGACCAUGAACGAAAUCCUGCCGCAGAGUUUUGGCCCCGCCGAUUUGGGCAAAUAGUAUUCAAAUAGAUAGUUCCUUGACACUGACUCUUGCGCUCUGCUUCUCCUCGAGGUCGGCCUCCAGCCCCGCCUGCGUGGCCUGGUCCUUGUCGAAAAUCAGUGCAAUCUCCUCGAGCGAGUAACCCUUUGUUUCCGGGAAGGUGAGAUAAAUAACCACAAAGAUGAUCACCUGGACGCCCAGAUACACGCAGUAGUAGCGCCAGCCAAUGGCUUCGAGCGCGAUCGGGUUCACAAAUAUGUUGAAGAAGGUGGCUCCGUUCAGGAAAAACAUCGCUGUGAACAGGCCUUUUGACCGCGUCGCCUGCGGCCACAAUUCGGACGGGUACGACGUGAUCAUCGGCGCAAACGCAAUGGCCUGGAACGCGUACACCAGGAACACAAACACAAUGAUCGCCUGGCCGAUAUUUCUGUGCAGCUGAGUGUACACGGCGGUGAUGGUGGUGAGUCCAAUGAAGGAGAAAAACAGGCCGACAAUGGAGAUCAAAAAUAGCCGUCUGCGGCCGACGUGAUCGACAAGAAUGGCGCCAGUGAUGGCCACGAGCA